UUUGCGGUUUUGCGGUUUCAACGAUCUGCAUAUAUGACUUUCAGUCGCCACCAUUAAUUGCCUCUCUUUCUCUCGUUUUCUACAAGUAGGGAUACUAAUGUAUCUAGAAUCUCAUUGCACACAACUGUGGUUAGAGGUGCUUGUGCACUGGUUUUUGAAUUGGGACUGCCAUUGGAGCGCUUGGCGGGAAUUUACUGCUAGUUGAUUUACGAUAUAUUAUUACUUUUACUUAAAAUAUUAUUACGUCAUGAGGAGGUGUCCAGGAUUUCGUUUUCAUCCUACGGAUGUUGAGCUAGUUAUGUUCCACCUAAAGAGGAAGCUAAUGGGGAAGAAGCUAGUGCCCGAAGUUAUUGCAGAGGUUAACAUAUAUGAUUUCAGCCCUUGGGAUCUUCCAGAUAAGUCCAACUUGAGAGAUGGCGAUUUGGAAUGGUUCUUCUUUUGCCCAAAAUCCAAAAAAUAUUUAAGUGGGUCUAGAACGAAUCGUUCAACUGAAGCUGGUUACUGGAAGGCUACUGGGAAAGAUAGGGAAGUAAAAUACAAGGGAAGAAUUGUGGCAAUGAUUAAGACAUUGAUUUUUCAUCUGGGUCAUCCACCAAAGGGUACAAGAACAGAUUGGGUAAUGCAUGAAUUCAGGAUGGAAGACAAGGAUCUGGCUAAUGCAGGAGUUGCUCAGGAGGCGUAUGUGCUUUGUAGACUAUUUGAGAAAAGUGGUGCAGGGCCACAAAAUGGUGCUCAAUAUGGUGCCCCCUUCAAGGAAGAAGAAUGGGAUGAUGACACUGAGGACGUCAGUCUGUCAGGGACUAUUACAGAAACAGUGAAUCCGACUGGAAGCUGUUCAACUUUGUGUGAGAUUAACUGUACUGUACCAGAACCCUCUAUUUCCCCAUCUUUUGAAAGUGAGAGGCAUUUGAAGAAGUCUACUGUAACAUCUUCGGCACAUCUUGGUCUGCUUGGGGUAAGAGAAAUGGUGAUUCUGAAUGCAGGCAGUUCAUCGGUGAUGAACCUGAACUUGACUGAACCAGGUCCAUGUACCAUCACAUCUUUAGGAAAUGAAAGCUAUUAUGGGCCUACUAAUGAUGAUGCCUUGCUUACUUCUGAAGACAUUGCUUUACUUCUUCAUAAUGACACUCAGGAGGUGGAAAAUUGCAAAGGGAAGAAGAUCAUGACUGAUGCGCGUAAUGAAGAUGAUGUUAUUGUUUUGGACCCGGCUGCCUACAGUACAUUAGAUGACCUGAGCCUAGAUGGAUUUGACAUGUUCAAUGUUGAUGGAUCUGCUAAUGAUCCGAUGGAUGCAUUUACGCUUGAUGAUCUUGAGGAAGAUCUCAAUAAAUUUUUCUAGCAUUGAUCUAAUCUGGAUACACUGCACCUGGUUUUGUCUUGAUCAUAUGUGGGAUGACACGUUUUAGAAAUCUCUGUUUUAGUUCAAGUACUAAUAUUUUCUAUUUGUCUUUAUGUUUAAGUGUUUAACCUAAACAUUUCCGAUUUACUAUUGUUAUUUUUAACUUUCACAAA